CAAAAUUGCUGACCAUUGUCAAAAGUCAAAAACUUUUUCAUAAAAAAUAGAGAUAAUAUUUCAAUUGGGGAAAAUGGUAUUGGAAGAAAACAACUGAAAAAUUCUAGAGUUUGUGGGGACUGAAAAAGUCUUUCACUGAGAAUGAAUUAGUACUGUUACUUUUGUUCAACAGUUGUUCUACAGAGAGCAAAAAAAGCGUGGUUCUUUUCAGCUACUACAACUCUGUCUCUGUCAUUGUACCCAUUGUAAUUUGAAAUUGUACGGUUGUAGAAGAUCUUUCAAAAAUGGAUGGAGAAAAGUGUAGUGCUCUUGAAAAAAUUGAAGCUGCAAAGAAGAUGGCUGCUAACAAGGACUAUGCAGGUGCAAGAGCGAAGCUUCUUGAAGCCCAUUAUCAGUUUCCAGGUUUGAAAAUUGUUGGUCAGAUGAUAACUGUAUGUGACAUAUUAUGUACUUCAGAAUUAAGUUUAGAUGGUGAAACUGAUUGGUAUUGGGUUCUUCAGCUUAGUCCACAAACUAAUAAUACUCAAAUAAGGUUGAAAUACAAUAAACUUGUUUCCCUUUUGGAAGGGAUUAAGGAUGAGUUUCCCGGGUCUAUCACUGCUUUGAAAUUAGUUCAUGAUGCUUAUAUUGUUCUUUCAAACCCUUGUAAAACCUGGAUCUUUAAUUCAAAGAGGCUGACAAGUAGAGAUGCUUGUGAAUCAUUUAUUUCCACUGUGAGUUCUCUUGGUGAUAUGAGUUUGAGUCAAGAACAUGAUUCUUCACUUGUCUGCGAAAGUUCUGCCUCUAAGGACGCAAAUGCUGCAGAAGGUCUUGUAGGUGUCGAUGAAACAAGUUUUACACCUAUCAUAAUUGAUGAUUCAGAUGAUGAUAAUCAACGGAACAAGGGAAUCACCUCUACAGAAUUGAAUUUUGUUUCUUCCUCUUUCAAGUUAGAGGUUACUCAGACUACUGAUAACAAUGUGGCAAAUUUUAAUCUUUCAAAUGUAAGAGCCACAACAAGCCAUUUGAGUGAUGAACAUAACAGCAUCAACUUUGAUGGAACAAUGAAGGCAGUAUCUUUCGAAGCUGGCCAAAUUUGGGCUGCUUAUGAUAAUGAAAAGUUUCCUAGAAGAUAUGCUCGCAUUAAUAGCAUUUCAGAAUCACCUUUCCAGAUCAAUGUUACUUGGUUGCGACCUGUACCACAAAAUGAAAAUGAACGAAAAUGGUGUGAGGUCAACCUGCCUGUAGUUUGUGGAUUAUUCAAUUUGUAUGAAGAUGAAAUAUGUUUAGUUGAAUCUGUUUUCUCCCAUGUGGUUUCGUGUACAGCAAGCCCAACUUAUGAUGAAUUUGAGAUUAUUCCACAAGAAGAUGAAGUUUGGGCUGUUUAUAAAGAUUGGAGACCAUUUGAUUGGUUGCAUAAUCCUGAAUCUAAAAAAGGAUGUAGACUACAGAUAGUAAGGAUCCUUGAAGGUUACUCUGAGCAGGAGGGGAUGCUUGUUGUCCCGUUAGUCAAGGUUGAUGGGUUACACAACAUUUACAAGAGAGAGAAUGAAGUUGGUCAAGAGCGUUAUUUCAAAAUCCCUAGAGAGUUCUUGUAUCGAUUUUCUCAUCAACUUCAAACACGUGAUUUAGAAGGUGGGAAAUUGAUUGGAGUUUUUGGUGAUAUCAACUCGUCAACCUCUCAGAGGCCUGUAUCAAUAGUGGAUUCGUCACUAAAGCUGGAAUGGAUAGCCAAUGAUUUUGCUGAGAGUCAAGUAUGGGCUGUUUAUGAUGACUCUGACCAAAUGCCUAGGCAGUAUGCACUAGUAAAUAAAGUUUAUGAAACUGGAGCUAUUGAAGUGACAUUUUUGGAGCCUCAUCCCAAUCCUAUGGAUAAUGAAGAGAUUUCUUGGAUUGAAGAGAAGUUACCUGUUGGUUGUGGAAUAUUUAAAAUAGGUUCUAGAAUUGGUAUCAUACCAUUUAGUAAGUUCUCUCAUUUGGUAGAUUGUGACCGAACUGCCAAGAAUAUGUUUUACAGAAUUUAUCCAAAGAGAGGUGAGAUAUGGGCAAUGUACAGAAACUGGAAUAGAAAAUGGAGGCAAAGAGACUUUGGUGAGUAUCAUUGUCGAAUAGUUGAAAUAACUUCAGAUUUCGCGGAGUCUUCAGGCCUGCACACUGCUAGCUUAGAAGAAGUUCCGGGGUAUAAAACAUUUUUCCAGAAGCAGCUUUGUGAUGGGUUUGCGUUAAACCGAGUAGUUCCAAGAUCAGAAAUGCUUAGUUUUUCCCACCGAAUAGAGGCAUUUGUUGUCCCAGGAAUCGAAGCCCAUGGAAUACCUGAAUGUUCUUGGCACCUAGAGCCUGAUGCUCUGCCUCCACUUGUUUCAAACGCUGCCUAAAAAGUGAACAAGUCAUGACUUGCAGUAGUUGUUCAAAAGGUUAUGGUGAGUUAUGACUUGAUGUUGUGUUUUUGUUUAUUGUACGUCAUUUAAGAUGGUUUCCCUUCACUCAUAACUUCGUCCCAGAAGCCUGACAGAAAAGGAAUACACACCAAUUGUUAAGGUAAUUUCUUUAGUAAUUAUUGCUGCUGGAAAAUGAUGUAAAUUGUUGCAGAUUUCCCCAGCGUGGAUCCGUUUUUAUCACUGCAGCAGAGUUCAACUUUUUGCAAGAAAUGAAUAAGCUUAACAAAAUUGAGUGGCAGGCCUACAUAAGGGGUGAUGAUAAGGGGAGAGGAGUUUGUGUUUGACAUCACUUAACUUGCAAUACUUAGAUCCGAGCUUGAGGCUUCUUGCAAUACUUAGAUCCGAGCUUGAGCCAACCCGGUUUUGUUAAAUCCCCAACAAUGAGGAAGAGUUUCUUAGGAAUUUAUACCAGGCUCCCCCUCAUCAUUCUGAUCUGAUGGAUCGGGGUGGCUUAGCUCAACUUCGAUCUUUAGGUUGUUAACAUGUUCAUUCUGGCAGGAACUUGUACGCAGCACUUGUGAAAGGUUUAGAACACCUUUUUUUUUAUCUGAAUCUAAACGCACUUCCUUUUUUUUUGAAGGGGGUCGCCAAUA